AUGAUACUGGAAGAUCUGUUGGCUCUGGUGGUGGAGCAGGUGACAGGACUGGGAGGACUGGAGUCUCGGCAGUGGCAGGGACCGGAGCUGGAGGGGGGUCCUCCGAGGCGACAGGAGCAGGAGACCAGUGAACCCAGAGGUGGGCACAGCUUCUGCAGCAUCCGGAGACCCAGAGGUGGCAGAACCUGUGCAGCAGCUAGAUCCAGCAGUAGCAUCCUCACUACAAACGAGUACAUAGCUGGGGCCCUCGCCGUAAGAAAACUCCACACAAAAAAUGGAUCUUCACUGGUCUCUGCCAUGAGAGUGGUUCUAACCACAACCAGAUCCAGCUCUGAAGUGACCUGGAGCAGCAAUGAGAGACUGAAUGAUGAGUGGGCAGAGGGUGUUGAUAUAGUGAGAAUUGAACCCUGCUCACCCAGAUCCCAGGAGAUGACUCCUCUCCUGUGCUCUUCCAGUGGCUCCAAAGCUGAAUUCAAGGUCAGUGUACCCAACACCCCCCAGGUUGCUUUGCAUGGACAAUCAGUCAUAUUGUCCUGUAGUUUCUCUGUGGGGACGUCCUGGGAGCUGUCAAGUACCGUGAUCAUAUGGAAACGUGGCCUGGAGGUCAUUCACGAUUUCCACCACAGCCAAGACCAACUCGACUGGCAAAGUCCUCACUUUGCCAGCCGCACCAGCCUGUUCACGUCGGAGAUAAAGAAUGGAAAUGCAUCCCUCAAACUGGACCGCACCACCCCAGAGGAUGAAGGGAUUUAUAGUUGCUCUGUCAGCACCGACAUGGGCAGUCAGAAGCAAAGCUUUCAUCUGAAGAUAGCGGCGCACUACCCAGAACCUCAUCUGCAGUUGUCCAAGACAACUCAUGGAAUAAACCUGUUCAUGAAGUCAGAGGGAGGAUACCCUGCACCCACUCUGCUGUGGCUUAAUGAGAGUACAGAGGACCUCACAAACCACACAGUAACACACCUGACACAGGACACACACACAAAACUCUACAAUGUGUACAGUACGCUCACUCUGACAGGAGUCACCAACCUCUUCCUCACUUUUGUACUAAGGAAUGAAGAUCUGCAACAGGAGAUCAGAAGGGAGAUUGAACUGAACCUCAUCUCGGAUACAAGAGACUUUGAGAAUUAA